AUGGCAUCCUCUGAUGAACGCGGCAUGAAGCGGUUUAGUGGUGAUGACGGCGAUGAUGCCGGGAAACAGCUGCGCAAGUUCAAGAACUGGGCAGAAGCGAAGCUUGUCACCAUGAAGGACAUGUCUGACAAGCAGAGAGGCCCAUGGAUCUACACCCUCUUGGAUGGUCGUGCCCUCGAGGCAGUUGAACACUUGACCCUAGAGAAUCUCAUGAAGGAGACUGGUGCUGAUCAUCUCUGGAGACUUCUUGGGGCCCGAUUCCCGGAGAAGGAGUCCGAGGAUCAGAUGGGAGAGGCUCUGGGUGAGGUGUUUGGCUUGUGUGCCAAAGACCAGGAAACCAUGCAGCAGUGGUCUGCCCGGGUCAACGAGGUCCUUCAGAAGUGUAUCAGAAAGGCCAAGGUGGAGUUCCCAUCGCAAGCGCAAGGGUGGAUCGCCUUGAACUGUGCCGGACUGAGCGAGGAGCAAAAGGCCAUAGUGAAGGCCAAGACCCAAGGGAAGCUCGAGAUCGACACGGUCACGGCGGCUCUUCGGUCAUGUUUUCCUCAGUACCGGGCGAGCGCAUCAAAGGCGCGAAGGCCAGUGAGUACUUACUUGGCUGAAGCAGAUGAGGCAGGUAUCCCGGAAGAUGACGGAGACAGCUUUCAGGAUGUGGAAGCGUUCCUCGCUGAUCACGGUCUUGAAGCUGGGCAAGAAGAAGCUGAAGAGUUUCAAGAAGAGGAAGCUGCCGAAGCACUAGCAGCCACCUGGAAGGAGCGCCGAAAGGAGAUGAGCAAGCUACAACAACGCCGUGGCUUCCAUCGAGGCGCGCCUGAUCAGGCAAAGCGCAGCUUCAGGAUCGAAGAAGAGUACUCCUUCGUUGGUGCCGUUCAGGUCGAGCCCAGCGAGCACGAGCCCAGCGAGCAGUUCUACGUGGCCACGGACCAGCCGGACUUUGAGAACCUGGGUGCUGGCCUGGUGUCAUCACCGGGCUUCGGAGUCAUUGACUCCGGGUGUGGUCGCACUCUGAUUGGCAAGGACACAUUGCAAACCAUGACAGAUCUUCUUCAAAAGUACGGCGAUCGCAGACCCCAGAUCUAUGAGAGCAUCAGCACUUUCAGGUUUGGCAAUGGUCAGACGGAAACCUCGACCUCAGCGGUCAGGAUCCCGGUGGGCAUUGCCAAGAAGGUGGGCCUCAUCGAUGCGGCCAUUAUCGAAGGCAAAGCUCCUCUUCUUUUAGGCCGUCCAACGCUGGAACGACUCAAUGUGGUUCUGGACUUCAAGGCUAAGGAGAUGGGCUUCCUGGCGCAUCCCGAUGCAGUGCCCAUGUUCACCAAUGAUGCUGGACAGCUCCUGAUCAACCUCCUGGAUUUUCCGACGCCAUCCACCUCGAGAACCGUCAAGAAGCAGCAUGGACGUGCUGAAAGUCAAACAGCCGUGGCAGAGCUCUUCUGCCCACCACGUUUCGCAGAGGCAGCACGGGCCACGUCUGUUGCUUUUGCGGAGCCCAUAGACUGGGAAGCGCUUGCUUGUGAGUGUUUGGUUGGGGAUGAGCAGCCACAACCAAACGCAGCGGCGGCUGAACCGGACCCGGCCGAAGUGCGCCGAGUCAACCAGGCUCUGAAACGUUUGCAUUCCAAUUUGGGCCACCCUUCGGAACGAGAGCUGUUGCGCAUUCUUCGUCACAGUAAGGCUUCCCCGCUAGCUCUUCAAAGAGCAACACUGUUGGAGUGUUCCGUGUGCGCAAAUCAGCGUCGACCGAAUGCCCCGUUGCCGGCAAAUGCCUCACGGGUUGCAGAGUUUAACCAGAAAGUAGGCCUUGACGUAAAAUAUUUACCAGGGUGGCAAGAAGGACAGAAGAUCCCCUUUGUUAACAUGGUUGACUAUGCAACUUCGCUUCAGGUUGUCACCCCAAUAUUUAAGCGGGAAACUGGGGAGUUGCUUAGAGCGGCCGUUCGUGAUAGGUGGCUACCAUGGGCUGGACCCCCUGAAGCUAUUGCACUUGACCCCGCUAAGCCCAACGUAGGUGAAGUGUUUGGGGACUUCUUGUCAAAUCAGGGCAUCAACGUAGAGCAGACCGCUACAGGUUCUCCGUGGCAGUUGGGAAAGGUUGAGCGUCAUGGGGGUUGGUUACAGAGCAUUUUGCAACGUGUGCUAGAUGAAAUUAGGCCCACUAGUCAGGAAGAGUAUCUCACGUGUGUUGUGCAAGCACAAUCAGCCAAGAACACUCUCCUUACUGAGGCCGGAGCAAGCCCCUAUCAACUCGUGUUCGGACGCAAUCCAAGGGUUCCCACAGACCUCCUGCAAGAGCAGCCCCACUUGGCAGCUUCCGACGCAGUGGAAGCAGAUCCCCUCAUGAGGCAGGCACAUACAGUGCGACAGGCAGCACGCCGUGCCAUGCUUCAGUGCCAGGAUGACCGUGCUUUGCGCGCGGCCCUUCGGGCCAGACCUCGGGUGCAUCGUGUGUUCCGGUCCGGAGAUUGGGUUUACUACUGGCGCACACAGAAGUCAGUAGAAGGGUCUAGGGUUGAAGGGGGUAGAUGGUAUGGGGCGGCUAUGGUUCUAGGCAACAUUGGGAAGAACUUAGUGGUAGCACACAAACGGUCCAUCAUGCGAUGUUCGCCGGAGCAAGUUCGACCCGCCACGGCAGACGAAGCCACUGUAGCUGAUUUUCCAGAGAACGAGCUGCUAGGGAUCAAGAACCUACUUGAAAAGGGCCAGUUUCCCCGCAGUCAGUUCAUUGACCUAGUCAAUCAACCCGAUGCCCCAGUUCCCCUUGAAGCUGACGUAGACAUAGGGCAUCCCUCAGAACACCCCCCUAAUGUAGCUUUGGAUGCAGCACGGGUGUUGGAAAAUCAGCGACCACCUCGCCUGCAGCAGAUUUUGCCAGAGCGGCCACCGCUACCGCCAGAUUCUGGGCCAAGUUUUCCAUCAGUUCCUGCAGUCCCUCCCGAGAAUCCUCCAGAGGAGAAUCCGCCGGUCUAUGGACCUCAGAGACGUGUUCCACGCAAGACCAAUCCUCAACAACUGUGGAUUAGGCCUGCCGAUACGCAGCCUGAAGAUUUCCUGGAGUUGAUGCAAGAAGUUGUUCCCAGACUCAUUCAGGAUCUUGAUCGGUCAGCCUCGGGUGCCUCAGCGGCCCCAACGUCUAGUGGAUCCAGCAUCAGCCCCAGGAGUCACAGUGCCAAACGUGAGGCCAGUCAAGAGCCUCCUGAAGCUCCUGCAUCCUCCCGUCCUCGUCCGGAUGAUACAGAUGAAAUCCUGUGUGCUGAAUACAUCCAGUCUCACGAGCAUUUGCAUAACAGUCAUGUGGAAGUCCUCAUGGCAGCCUUCCUGCAGAAACGGAUGCAAAAGGAGCUGCCUGUGACAGGCAACGAGCCGGCUUUGCAAGACCGCAUUGAGGAAGCCAAGAGCCUAGAGUGGGAAACCAUUCAGGGCAAGUCUGCAAUGCGUGUGUGGCGUGGAGCCAAAGCUCGGGAGAUCAGGCAAAAGUUCCCAGAUCGGUUCAUCGGAACAAGGUUUGUCGUGACCAAUAAGGUCGAAGAUCAGGAUGAACGUAUCAAAGCACGCCUGUGUCUCCAGGGCCACAAGGACCCUGACUGGGGUGCCAAGAUCGCGUCAGGCGAGUGUCACUCACCGACUCUCAGUGGUUUAGGUAGGGCCUUGUUGCUUCAACUGCUUGUGUCCAACCAUUGGGUCAUGAAUCUCGGUGACAUUCGUGGCGCUUUCUUAGAAGCCGGUCCCCUGCCUGAACGCUAUCGUCCUUUGUACGCAGAGCUACCAGAGGGAGGAAUCCCUGGACUGGAAAGCAGUGCCGUGCUAGAAAUAACUGGCAACAUGUAUGGUGCCAACAACGCACCUCAAGAAUGGUAUCGCACCUUCGACGAAGCCGCUCAGUCCGUGGGUUUUGUCCGGUCGUCUUUCGACAAUUGCCUCUAUUUCUUUCGGGACUCCAGUAAUGUGUUGCAAGGUGCUCUAGGGGCACACGUAGACGAUACCAUGACCCUCAAACAUAGAUUUCCUUAUAGAAAGUGGAGGGUGGGGACUGGCGAAUUUUGCGGCGUUUUCUACUCUCAAGACCUCGCCUCGUUCGAAAUCUCGUACCAGCAACAAGAGUAUGCCAAGCAUCUCCGACCCAUCAACUUGUCGAGAGAACGGCGGCAGGAUCGAGAGUCCAAGGCAACACCCAAGGAGGUGGCAGCCUUGAGAGCUGUGAAUGGGGCCGCGAACUGGCUGAGCAGUCAAUCCAGACCUGAUCUGGCCGUGCAGACUUCGUUCAGUCAGCAGGUGUUUCCAGAGCCCCGUGUGAAAGAUUUGCUUUCUGCAAAUCAGCUUGUUCAGAGAGCUCGCCAGCAUUCGGAGGUCAGCGUCACAGUUCGGGACAUCCCGAUGCAGGAUCUCGCUGUAGCCUUCCAUAGUGAUGCCGGGUUUGCCAAUGCUAGGGCUAACGGCACCCAGGCCGGGUACAUCUUAGCCUUCGUCCACAGGGAUCUUAAUCAUGAUAAAGAUUCCCCAUGGUCCCCUUUCGCUUGGAAAUCGUAUAAGAUGCCUAGGGUAGUGGCAUCCACCUUAGCGGGUGAAACGCAGAGCUUUGCAGCAGCCAGUGGACUAGCCGAGUGGGUUAGCCUGAUGCUUUGUGAGGCAGUUGGUGGGGUUUUUGACCUUCGGGAAGCUAGUCUUCACCUCCGUAAAGUCCCCAUAAUCGGCAUCACAGACUGCAAGUCGUUGUACGAUGCUCUGCACUCUCCGUCUUCCCCAUCAAAGGCGGAAGACAAGCGAGUAGCUAUCGACCUAGCUGUAAUCAGACAAAGCAUGGACAGAACGAACAUGCAGGUUCGGUGGUGUCCCUCAGAACUUAUGCUUGCAGACGCACUCACCAAAGACCAGGCAGAUCCGGCAGACCUGCUUAGAGCAGCACUUGCUUGGGGAAGGUACCACCUUUCCUCCGAGGCCACCGUUCUGGCCCAGAAGAAAAAGGCUCGGGAAGACCGCCAGCAUCGGACUUGUCUCGACAUGUCCGAGCAACCUUCAAAGGACAUCGCCCGUCAGAUGAAGGAGCUCUUGCACCAAGCAGUAGAAGAAGAACGCCUCAACGAGGUCAUGCAGGUGAUCAAUGGUCCCGAUUCUGCCUCCUCCAGCACAACAUCAGGACCCAUGCCUGGUGCUAUGACGGAUGCUGCCAAGCGUCUUCGAAGCGAUGAUGGAUGGGAUCUGGUCACCGCUGUGCAUGCUGGUGCAACCAGGCCUGGGAAUACCAAGCAGCUUCCUGUUCGUCCGAAGGCUGCUGUGAGGACAGCCGCUGCUCCUCCUCCUGGACGUCAAGGACUCCCAGAUGGAGUUCACUCCGUCGAGGAGUGGGGCCGCACAGUCUGUGAGCUUCCCAAAGUGGCUAAGCGCAACCAGUCCUACCAAGAGCUCGUGGCUGCCGCUCCUGGCGAGGAGGAGCUGCGCAAGUACUUGCUGAAGUACGUGCUCACCUACAAGGGUACCAGUGUCAAGGUUCAUGAUUUGCGCCGCUACCUUGAGCAUAUCCACUACGAGCAGCUGACGGCACCGGCACGCACCUACAUGCCCGGCAGCACCACGGUGGAGCGCAAGCUGAAGUGA